CAAGCACACAAAGAAUACGAAUGUUUGUGCAUGAUUUCUUCUAAUUUUCUACAAACAACCACAUCCAGUGGUCUGGUUUUUUGCUGCGCUGGAUCCAAUCACAGCAACACCAGCUCGUCGUGAAAUGACUGGCCGUGCUCCACCUGGACGGCCUCCGCCACCGGCAGCCUCCCACGGCCAACGACCAGAACGCCCGCCACCUGUGAUCCCCGCCUCACGCGCACCUCUCAGCCAGCCACCGAGCGAGGCGCCGCCCCAGCGCCCGCGUGCCCAACAGGCGGCAUCAUCCCGCGCCCGCGUGGCGGCCCGUGCAGCAGCAGCACAGCGCGGCCUCAGACCCCAGCGCAGUGCUCCCGCAGCGCCGCCAUCAACGGCAGCACCAGUGCGAGCAGCACCAACAGCGCCGCCGCCAGCCCGACUCCCACCCCGACGCGUCGUGGAAGGCCCACCGCCAGCUGAUGCACCGCCACCGCGCCCGCCAUCGCACGGGUCACGGCCCCGCCCCGCACGCCAGGCAUCGCUCGACUCGACACCACCAGCGCGGCCGCCGCCUGCAAAGACAGCGUCGCCUUCCCACCACGCGCCCAUUCGACCUGCCCCGGCCCCCGUCCGGACUGCACCUGCUCGUCCACCACCCGUCACAACAUCCCCCGCCACCGCCACCGUUCCCACCACGACCGCCAGUGCCACGACUGCCGUGACAUCAACGCCGCCACCGAAACCAUCACCACCGCGUCCAGCUCAGCCAACACCAACAGCAGCACCACCACCAGCACCACCAGCAGCCAAAACAGCAACGACAGCGGUAUCAUCACCAUCACCGCCGCGGCCGUCGCGCCCUCCGCCCCCACGCAGUGCAACCGUCUCGUCAACGGCAGGGCGCGCACCGGGGACACACCCGGCCGUGCGACGCGGUACAACAGGCGGCGGCAGUAGUGCUGUGAAGGUACAGGAGGCAGCGCGCACGGCUGCCGCCGAAGCGACAACGACGACGACGACGACGACGACGACCGUCAGCAUCAUGGCUGCUGCCGCUGAGGUGACGACAAGGCAGUCGACGCAAGAUGGUUCCGCCACUACGGCUGUCACGGCCAGCACAGCAGCUGCUGCCAUCAGUGCGACCACGAGCACAGCCACCACUGCAGGCAUCACCACCACCAGCGCUUCUACCACUGCAAGUGCAAGUGCUGCCGUUGCCGUUAACACAACGAAUACGGACACAGACACAGGCACAAGCACGCCGUCCCCCAGCGCGCUCCCUGCGCCGCGUAUUUCAAACGCGAGCAGCAGCGGUGUGAGCAGCUGGCGUGACAGCGCCCGCACGACGUCCUCUGCGGGUGCUGAGUCAGCACGAGAGUCAGCAGUGCCGGACGCCAGGUCCGAGGCAGCGGUGGUGCCGGGGCACGGCAGCACCACGCCAACCACGGCGGCAGCAUCGAGCCGGGAGGAGGAGGAAGCAGACAAGAUCGCAGACACCACCACCACCACCACCACGCCAACGGAGGCAGCAACAACUGCAGCUGGUGAUGACGAUGAUGGCAGGAGCGAACCUCGUGAUGUCGAGGCAGGGCAGCCGAGGACCGCAAGUGCUGGGCAGGGGCGGGACGAGAGUGCUGAUGUGGCGACGACGGUCGGCGAUGGUGCAGCAGUAAAGGCGAAGGAGGACAAAGAAGAAGAAGAAAAGGCGACGACUAAGGCUGAGGAGGAAGAUGAGAAGUGCGCGGCUGAUGAUGGCCAGGCUGCCGCCACGACUGCCACAGCAGAUGCCACAACACAGGCAGACACCACUGCGACAGGAACAGCGCCAGUACCGGCACCAUCGGAAGCGAAAACAACACCAGCCGUGACGGCUGGCGUGGCGGUGGCGAGCGUGACGGUGACAUCCACAUCAACUGACGCUGAGGAAGUGCACGAGGAUAAAGAGGGGCCGGAACAGCCACCAGAACCGCUGCAAGAGGAGAAGGGGAAGAAGAAUGCUGCGUCAGCUUCGGUGAUUUUGGGCAGCGGGGAGGACGCUGGUGAGACGACGACAGAUGGAGAUGACGCGACGAUGCACCCAGUACCCGAACCAGCACCAGCAGAGGUAGAGGCACGCGAUGAAGGUGGUGUGGUGGAAGAACAGAGUGAUGUGGGUGGCGUUGCUCGGGGUGGCACAGACACAACGGAGCAAGCCGAAGUUGCGACGACCCCAGCUGGUGCUGCUGCUGGUGAUGAAGAGAGGACGAGUGCCAUGAAGUCGGACGGCGGUAGCGGUGCGAUGACAUUGGAGGACACGGCAGGACCGCGGGAAUCGAGCACAGACGAGGCGGUGAAGUGCACGGUGAUGGAGGAGGAGGUGGAGGAGGAGGAGAAGGCAACACCGCAGGAUAGCGUGAGCGAGAAGAACGAUGAGGGAGAACAGAACGAAGAUCAGGAACCGGGGCAGGAAGCAGAAACCGCACGGGAGGAAUUGAGGAUCGAGGAAGGUGGCACGGCGGAGGAACACGGGGAAGAAGCAGAGGAGGCAACCACAGAGGCGAAGGAAGAGCAGGCGAAGACAGGGAAGGGUGUGGCGUCGCCUGAAGAACAGGAAGCAGCGAAGGCGAGCGAAGCGACGGAGGAUAAACCCGAGGAAGGAAAGGCGGGAGUGGUGGAACACGAGCAAGAGCCAUCGCCAGGCACAGCAGCAGGCGUAAGCAAGGAAGAGGUGAAGGAACAGCAGGAGGAGGUGAAGGAACACGUUGCGGACCAGACACCGACAGCAGAUGCGCCGGUCGUGGCUGCAUUGGAGACUGGUGCCGCUGAAGGGAAACAGGGGAGCGCCGAGCAACAUGGGAGAGACGAGCGCGGCGGUGCACAGGCGGUGCAGGAAAAGUCAACACUGGACGACGGCGAGGUCGCAGUGUCGGAGAAGGAAGAAGACAAGGGGCAGGCAGCGCGAGGAGAAGAGGAAGGAGAAGGGAGGCAGGUGGAGAAGGACGGUAAGGAACAAACAGAAGCGCCUGAUGCCGCCCCAACAGACGUGCAGGCAGAGGCAGCAGAGGCAAAGGCAGAGCAAGAUCAAGACGCAUCAGCGCCAGCACCACCACCACCUCCUCCUCCGCCUCCGCCACCACCGCCUCCGCCAUCUGCGGAUUUGGGUGCGGCGGCGCCCAAGCAGCCAGCAGCGCCGGCCUUUCCGGGCGAUUUCCUCGCAGCAAUCAGGGGUGGUGUUGCGCUCAAAGCCGUGGACACAUCCCAGGACAACGCAGCACAGCCCGCACAAAGCCAGCCACUUGACCUCGCGUCUGUCAUCAAGAGCGCCUUCAAGCGGGGGUCGCCCUCUCUUCGCAAGACGAGCAUGUCUGCUGACAACGAUCGCAGAAACACAUAUGCAAGACGCAGGAUAGAGGAGGAGAAACGGGAGCGGGAGCGGGCGCUGGAGGAGGAACGACGGCGACAGGAGCGAUACGAGGCCAUGGAGAAGGAACGCAUCAGGCGACAGGAGGAGGAGAGGCUCACGCUGGAUCCGCACGCGAUGGAGGGCGAAGAAGGAGAGGCCGGCGAUGCGGCAGCGCUUGCGGAGGUGCCCGAGGACGAGUGA